CCUUUUUGCCUUGGUAAUAAAAAUAACAGGUCCAAUCAGGAUGUGGUCGCCAGUCUUUGAGUUUGAUCCUUCUUGCGAUGUUGUGUGUGAGAUGUGUAAAUUAAAAACAAGGUUGGACGGGAAAAUAGCUGUUGUGACCGGCGGCAGUGCUGGUAUAGGAUACGAAACAGCAAAGGAACUUGCCAAAUAUGGAGCCAAAGUUAUCAUCGCUAGUAGAAAUGAAACCAAACUGAAGUUAGCUACAGAGAAAUUGAUUUACACAACUGGCAAUAAAGAUGUGAAUUAUAAAAGAGUAGAUUUGGGGUCUCUGAAAUCUGUGAGACGAUUCGCAAAUGAGUUGUAUAAUGAAGACAGGAUUGAUUUUUUGAUAAACAAUGCAGGAGCAGUAGGCCUUUCAGAUCGGUUGACUGAUGAUGGCUUAAACCUGACGAUGCAAGUGAACUAUUUUGGUGUAUUCCUACUGACUUAUCUACUAGUGCCUAUGAUGAAGUUGUCAUCACCGAGCAGAAUAAUAAUUGGAACAGCGUCGUCAAUGUAUAUCGGUGAAAUAGAUUUUCAUCACUGGAAUGAUAUAGGCCGCUACAAUGUUCUAACAUCACUGGGAACAUCAAAACUAGCCGAUUCGUUAUUCACGGUUGAAUUACACGAACGACUGCAGAAUUGUGGUGUCAGCGUAAAUGGUUUUGAUCCUUUUUUGGUUCGAGGUACUGAUAUAUUCGGCAAUCUUGAUACAUUAACUGGUGAAGUAUCAAAAUUGUUUGUUGACAUAACCGGCAGGGAAAGAAAGGACGUUGGCGCUGAACUGGCGUAUUUGGCAGCAAGUCCAGACUUUGACAAUGUGAGCGGAGAGUAUUUGAAGUUCUGUAACGUUUGGCCUAACCACUGGUUGGUCAAAGAUAAAGAACUAAGAAAAACAUUGUGGGAAAAAACUAAAGACGCCGUGCGGAUAACUGCAGAAGAGGAAUGGGAUUAAAUUUAUCAUAAGACAU